AUGAGCAAAGGUGCUACAGAAAGCUUUGUAGUUUUUGGUACAGCGUUUCCAGAACAAACAGAAAAAGACAAACGGGCAGGAAGAUCCGAUGCUGGACAAUUUGUACCCGUUUGGAAACAAGAAGCUAGAGACGAACAAGGACGCCGCCGUUUUCAUGGUGCAUUCACGGGUGGUUUUUCUGCUGGUUAUUUUAAUACUGUGGGAUCAAAAGAAGGCUGGGAGCCCAGUAAUUAUGUUUCUUCAAGAAGUGCUAGAAAUGAAAUGAAAGAGGCAAGACCUGAAGAUUACAUGGAUGAAGAAGAUCUCCAGGAUUUAGCGGGCGCUCGCAAACUAGUGGCAACAGAGGAAUUUGAUAUUUUGGGAGGCACAGAACGCGAACUGUCAGCACGGCGCCAAUUGAUGAAAGAAGACGAAGGUCGAGGCGGUGGACUUGAGUUUUUAGGCAGUAGUCUGAUCAGCAUGUUUGGGCCACCAAAGGAUUCUGUAGGUGUUCGGCUAUUAAGAAAGAUGGGAUGGAGACCUGGACAAGGCAUUGGUCCCCGUAUGAAACGACGUCAAUUAGAAGCUAGUGACGACGAUGAGGAUGAAGAUGUGCCUGGAGAUGUUACGUUUGCACCUCGAGAUACGCCUAUUGAAAAUUAUCAAGUCAAGCGAGAUACUUAUGGUCUGGGAUAUGAUCUAUCAACCUAUGUGCCUGAAGUAGCAGAAAUGAAGCGUUUGAGGGAAUUGGCAGCUGCCAAGAAGGGCGAAAAUACAAAUCGAUCCAUGUUUGGUGUCUAUGAUCCAUCGGCAAAAAGUAAAGAAGUAUUUGGACUAGGUGCUUUUGAAGAAGCAGAAGAUGAUGAUGAUGUAUACCGAAAUGACACUUCAUUCAGUAAUUAUCAUACAGCCUUGUAUGAUGAUGAAGAAGGCUAUACACGAGAUCAGCUAAAGAGUAUCACUCAAAAAAGACAGACAGAAUCAAAACCUAUCAAUCAUCUUAAAUGCUCAGAUGGAAGACCGCCUUUGACUGGAUUCCAUUUGUCUGAAAAGACAAAAGACAGUAUUGGAAAAUGGUAUCCUCCACCUCAAGUACCUGCUACUUUUACGGGCAUUCAUGCACCUAUCAACAACGAAACACUACCACCAUCAUCACUAGUGAACAAGGAAAGUGUGUUUUCAUUUGAAGAGAGAGGACACAUCUUAGGCGAACAACCGAUUGAGAAGCGAUCUGUUUUUGACUACAUGCCUCAACGCUCAAAAGACAAGCUCAAUCAAGCCAUCAGUUUCUUUGUUGAUAGUGGCAAGGACAAAUCGCAACUUUCGGAUUUCCCUUCUGUUCCUAAAGAUGUAGCACAUUUGGCUUUAAAGGGAUUCAUGCCAUUUGGAGACAAUCCUCAAAAACAAGCAAGAUACAGACAUUAUCUGGAGAAUCAAGCAGGCAAAUUAACACAGGAUGGUAUUCCUUUAACUGUGUUGCCUAUCCCAGAGGGUUUGACAUAUGAAUCUGGCAUGAAAGAAAUGGAUGAAUUUGCAAAAGCAGCACGUAUCUUUAGACCCAUUAGUGCUAUGAUGAGUGGUCGAUUUACAUCUGCUUCUUCAGAGACAAAGCAUGUAGAAACACUUAAAUUUGAAGGAGGACUAAAGACAGAAGAAGAAUAUCGAAAAGAAAAAGAGCAAAUGGCAAAACUAGAAGCCAAACCUGAAAAGAAACAAUUGUCUCAAGAAGCAGAAGCAGCUGCUAUGAAGAUGUUUGGUGCAUUAACCAGAACUAUAAAACCCUUUUAUCCCAACAGACUUGUCUGUAAACGAUUCAAUGUACGCAACCCACACCCUGACCAUGAUCAAAAGACAGACGCUGAUGCAGGUCGUACACAAGCAGGAUCCAAAGAUGCCCUUAGCAAAGAUGCUAUGGAGACCAUGCUGAAUGAAAGAAUACCGCUCAAAUUCACUUCUAGUGAACCUAUUGUCAGCAAUGAUGAUCCUAUCAUGAAUGCAAUUAUACCAAAACCCUCAGAGCGGAAAGAAGAAGAAGAAGAAGAACAACAACAACAACAACAACAACAACAAACAACGACGGAGAACCAGGAUGAAGAAGAUGCAGGUCCUUCUUUAGAUUAUGAAAGACCCUCUAUGGACAUUUUUAAAGCUAUUUUUGAUAAUUCGGAUAGUGAAGAAGAGGAAGAAGCGAAGCCGGAAGAAAGAUCGCCAGUGGAAAAAUCACCAGAUAUGGAUCUGGAUUUCAUUGGUCCACCACUGCCACCAGCUCCACCAACAGCAGACAUACCCAUUACUACAAACACACCAGAGCCAACGGAAUCCUUCCGCCCAAUGUUUAAGCGUGCCUCAGAAAGAAAAGAGGCGGGUUCAUUAACACAUGUUGUCUCGGAAGAAGUGAUUGUUCAACCAUUUAAGCCUAGAACAAGUGGACAUAAAAGGCGCCAUGUUUCUGUAUCCGAUGAAGAUGAAGAUGACGAUAAGAUAGAAAAGAAUAGCAGUAAAAAAUCAAGCCAUAAAAAGAGACACCGGGAUGAUGAAGAACGUAAACAUCGUCAUAAAUACAAGUCAAGAAAAAGAGAACGUAGCCCAAGUCGAGAAAGAAGAAAGAAGCAUAAAUCGCAUAAAAGUCGAAAAGAAAGCCGUCAUUCAAAAGAAUUUGAAGAUGAAUUAUUGGAUGCUAUGUGGGUAGAAAAAGAACCUUUAGUACAAAACAAAGGAAGAAUGAGUGCUGCCGAUAUGUGGAAGUAA